AGCAACACGCCAUCCGUCCCUAGUCACCACUCACCAGUUGACGUAGGGGGACUGUAGUGCAGGGUGUCUGGUACUUCACUAGAGGUAGUCUUUGUAGUUUUUACCUUCAUAGGCGCAAUGGUGGAAGAAGAGAAGGACAAUUCGCUGGUUGAAACUAGUAAAGCCUCGCCAAAAAUGUACACUUUGGCAGACGUAUUGGAACAUACAAAAAAUGACUCUUGUUGGAUUGUGAUUCACGAUAAAGUCUAUGAUGUAACCAAAUUCUUAGACGAGCAUCCUGGAGGUGAGGAGGUGCUUCUGGAGCAGGCAGGUGGAGACUCAACAGAGGGUUUUGAAGAUGUUGGCCACUCUACAGAUGCUCGAGAAAUGAUGAAGGAGUACUUUAUUGGUGAACUAGUUGAGGAAGAUCGGAAGAACACCAAAGACACUGGACCUAAGCCAUGGGCAACUGAAUCCACCUCAACUGAGAACUCUUGGAGGUCGUGGUUCGUGCCGGUGGGUCUGGCUUGCGUAGCAUCGUUGAUCUACAGGAUGUAUGCCCUACCUCAAGCAAGCUAAUGCUGUUAGAUGCCCAGUCCCUUAACCUUGUACCUUGUAUCAGGCUCAUGAACUUGAAACAUCAGACUCAUCCACUUCCUAAUCAUUGUCAACCCCCCCCCUAUUGUUUCCUAGUUGAUGGUUCCUUAGUGCAUACCACAUCAUCACGGUAAUAUACUAAAAAAAAUUAUUCAGCAUAUUAUCAAAUCCUUGGGGGAGGGAUAUUUUCCUGUGAAGAUUAUUAAGAUCUUGUGCUCAACAAAAGGAAAAUAAAGCAUCAAAAAUACUACCGGUGUACCUCCCCUCUCUCCCUCCUUUGUAUGCUGAGGUUAAUUUUCACUUACACUUCAUCUUUUGUUUUAGUAUUUUGUCACCAGUUGAGUAAAGAUUUAGUAGGUACUGUUUUUCCCCUCUGUUAUAUGAGCUGACAUUAUAUAAUGGUUUUUAAUGUCAUAACAUUGAACAUUAAUUAUUUUCCAUAUCAUGUGUAUAAAGAACAGCAUUAGAAUUAGGGUUUGUUGGGAGCCAGCAGUUCAAGAAUCUUCCACCAUUUCAGCACAAAACCUUUAUAAAGAUAAUAUUACUGCACUGUCAAGAAUUCUCUCUCAUGUCUCCAAGAAUAGGUGAAAACUCUUGUGGAAAAUUAAUGAAUUAAUGUCAUUAUUCAGUCUUUAUUAUGUGCAUGACUUUACAUCCAAUGUUGCCAGGCAGUUCUUUAAAUCACUAGUCAUAAUUUUGUAUCGAUAUGUCUUUUCCAAUUGAUUUUUUUACAUGAAUUGAAAAUAUAAUUAACUUUAUAUAUAUACAGUAUAUUGUAUUUUUUUUUUUUAUGGUAAUAGAUAAAAUGUUCACUUUCAGCCAAAGUUUGUAAUACAAAAAUACCAUCAACUCAGUUGUCGUCGUGAAAAGCUCUUAUAGGCUUCAUUUCAUUCCAGGGAAGUUGGGAACAACUGUAUUUUUUUCAGUUAAUCACAGAACCAGUAUAUACAGAGUACAUUUAACACUGGAGGAUAGUUUUAAUGUCAAUAAUAAUGCCAAUGUAGGUACAGUUGGUGUGCUUGUCUUAAUGUAGGGUUAUCCUGGUGGAUUCUCCAUUAGAUACAAUAUGUGAAAUGUUUCUUGUAUUAUCAAGUUAAUAUGUUAAUGAUUUUCAUGUUGGGGUAUACAGUAUUAUAGAAUCAGGUGGUGAUGUGUCUGGAUGUACUAGUCUGAGAAUUAUGAAGGUGCUUAGGAAUGUAACAUAUCUUGUUCCAUAACUCUUGCGAGUGGCUACUUCGUCUUCUUGUAUUUACCCAUAAGUGAGGUAUUAAGCAAUGUUGUUGAUUAACUGUUAGGAAGCUAUAUAGGGUACUGUAUAUGUUUAUAAUACUGCACAAUAUUAAAUACUGUACUGGCAGCUUCCAUCACUAGGUUCAUAUGUCAGUUACACUGUUGAAUCUGACCUAAAAUACAUUCACUGCUUUGCUGUGAUUAUGACACCUAGGUUUGUGCCUCUUUUAAUUACAUUUUAUUUUUUAAAUGGUGAAUAAUUUAGGACUUGAAUGAAUUUUAUGAGAAGCUUUAAAAUCACUUGAUCCUACCCAUGUAAAUGGCAACAGCCUUCACAGUAAUGGAUAUAUAGGGAUAGGGUUUUGUCUUCAGUUAUAGUUUGCCAUGUUACAUAAGUAGACAUAAUAUAUUCACUGUUUUUAUUAUUUAAUUGUUAAUGUAUCUGGCAGUUUCAUGGAAUGACUGUGAUUGGAAGAUUUUUUACAUGCAUAAAAACAUAUUUUUAAGCUUGUGUGAUACUGUAGGUAAGUGUGUUAACAAUGGCAUAAAACAGUCAUCACUACUAUGGAGGUUUUUGAAUAUAUAAUCCACCUUUUAGGAUGGGUUGUAUCAAAUUCAUAGCAAGAAUUUGUAACUAUGUUAACCUAAAAUUUAACACUUGAAUAAAUAAUUAUGUAAUA